GUCGAUCCAGCACAGACGCUUCGCGCUGCCAAUGCGCUCCUGCAAAAAAUCCAGAGCGACCAGGCUGCGCGAGCCGCUUCCUCUUUCAAAGCCGAUCUGUUGGCCGAUGCAGACGACGAUGUCAACGCCAGCAGCCAGCCCGUGUGGCUCGUCUUGUCCACCAAGAAACACAUUGUCGACAAGAAGCGGCUGAAAGCCGGCAAGAUCCUCCUCCCCCACGCCCUCCUCGACCCCUCCACCUCCGCCUUGCGCAUUUGCCUGAUCACCGCCGACCCUCAGCGCGCCUACAAAGACCUCGUCGCAGAUCCCUCUUUCCCUCUGGACUUGUCGAAGAACAUUUCCCGAGUAAUCGGAUUGUCGAAGCUCAAAGCAAAGUACAAGUCCUACGAGUCUCGCCGCCAACUCUAUCGCGAACACGACGUCUUCUUCGCCGACGACCGAGUCAUCACCUAUCUGCCUCAACUCCUCGGCAAGGUCUUUUACCAGACUGGGAGCAAGCGUCCCGUGCCCGUUUCGAUGCAAGGCCGGAGACAAGAUGUGGACGAGCAAGGGAACAAACGACAGAAGCUGUCCGAGGGCGGCACGAAAGCGGUCAGAUCUGCGGCCAAACCAGCCGAAGUGGCAAGCGAAAUCCAGCGCACCCUCUCCUGCGCGCUCGUGCAUCUUGCACCGUCUACAACCACCGCCGUCAAGGUCGGUCAUUCGCUCAUGUCACCACAAGAAGUUCAGGAGAAUAUUGAAGCUGCCACGAAAGCUCUCGUUGAGGUGUAUGUUCCGCAAAAGUGGCGGAAUGUGCGUUCGAUCCACAUCAAAGGCCCAGACACCGCAGCACUUCCCAUUUGGAUGGCUGAGGAAUUGUGGGAGGACGAGCAGGAUGUGCUGGAAGAACCACCUGCCGAGCGGGCGUCAAAGAAGGAUAAGAAGAGGAAGCGA